UUUCUUCCCCCAUCCACCUUGAUAGCGCACUCAUCCCUCACCCACCACACCUCAUUCCGAUCCCAUCAUCUACCAUGGCCGCCAUGGCCACCUUCCUCUUUGGGUCUCCUCCAACUUCCUCUUCUUCUGUCUCUUCCUGCCUCUCCAGACUAGGCCAGCCCGCGCCCCUUUCUUCUCACUCCCCACUCUCCCACUUCUUCUCCACCAGGAUAAGACACCGUCCGUCAUCCCUCGGCAAGCCGGCGUCGUUCUGCCCUCGCGCCUCGGCGGCGGCGAGCGGCACCAAGAGCCGGUCCACAGCCAGCGACGAGCGGGUGCAGAAGGUGCACAACGUCGACGAGUUCGAGGCGGCCCUCCGCGCCGCCAAGAACAAGCUGGUGGUGGUGGAGUACGCGGCGAGCCACAGCCCCAACAGCCGCCGGAUCUACCCCUUCAUGGUGGAGCUGAGCUGGACGUGCAGCGACGUGGAGUUCCUGCUGGUGAUGGGCGACGAGUCGGAGCAGACACGGGAGCUGUGCCGGCGGGAGGGCAUUGACCGGGUGCCCCACUUCACCUUCUACAAGGGCAUGGAGAAGGUGCACGAGGAGGAGGGCAUCGGGCCGGACCAGCUGGUGGGCGACGUGCUGUACUAUGGCGACAACCACUCGGCGGUGGUGCAGCUGCACUCCCGGGCCGACGUGGAGUCGCUCAUCGACCAGCACCGCGGAGCCGACGGCAAGCUGGUGGUGCUGGACGUGGGGCUCAAGCAUUGCGGCCCCUGCGUGAAGGUGUACCCCACCGUCAUCAAGCUGUCGCGCUCCAUGGCGGACGCCGUGGUGUUCGCGAGGAUGAACGGCGACGAGAACGACAGCUGCAUGGAGUAUCUCAAGGACAUGGACGUGGUGGAGGUGCCCACCUUCCUGUUCAUAAAGGACGGCCAGAUCUGUGGAAGGUACGUCGGCUCGGGGAAGGGGGAGCUCAUCGGCGAGAUCCUUCGAUACCAAGGCGUAAGGGUUACCUAAAUCCAUCAACACUACGUCUACAUCUAUAUAUAUCAUCUUGAAUGCAACGACAAUCGACUGUAUUUUUUUGUUCCCAUCAAUCCUAAACAAAUUGUGGGAGCCAUCACAAGAACGAAUGUACACAACACCUCACUUGGUCCUGCCCUCUAUGAAUGUAGUUCACUGUUGGUCCUAAACAUUGCUGUGUGAGAGCUGAAGAUGAUGUUGGUUCA